CUUGCGAGGCGGCGGCGGCGGCAGCUCCAGCAGCAAGCAGAAGCGGCAGUGUCAAUAAUACAAUAGGGCUCUUGUGCCGCCGCCUGGCCUGCCAAGAGGGAGACUGCAAGGGCACAGGGCCUGCUCGCCCCUACGAGCGACAGGGGGGACGGCGGGGGGCGCUCGCGGCGACAGGCUUGGCCAAGCGACAUGCCGGAGCGCGGGGCUGGCGGCCCGUAGCCACGGAGCGCCCAGGCCGAGGCAGGCGGGAGCGGGAAGGGGAACGGCGCCGCGGCCGAAGAGGAACCGGGGAGGGCGGUGGGGAAGAAGAGGAGGAGAUGGACGGCGUGAAGUAGCAGCGGCAGCCUUGGCCCCUGGGCUGGGGAGUCUCGGGGCGCGCAAACGCUGCUGGCGCCGCCCGCUCCAGAGCCACAAGGAUGCGUCAGGAUGAAACGCCACAGGCAUCUAAGCAGCAGUGACAGUUCAGACAAUGAAAGUCCUUCUACUUCUUUCUCCUUUUGUUCCAAGUACAGAAGCAAGUCAAAAACACCAGCAAAUGAACAAAAGAAACCUGCUGAGGUGUUUCGAAAGGACCUCAUUAGUGCCAUGAAACUCCCAGAUUCUCAUCAUAUUAACCCAGAUGAAUAUUACCUCUUUGCGGACACAUGGAAACAAGAAUGGGAAAAGGGUGUGCAAGUCCCAGCCAGCCCAGACACGAUUCCACAACCUUCUCUCAGAGUCGUUGCGGAAAAAGUAAAGCAAGUACUAUAUACACGGCCUAGAAAAUACAUUCGUUGUUCAAGUCAAGAGCCCACUGAACCUGGCUAUAUCAACAUUCUGGAACUGGCAGAAUCGAUGUGUCGUUAUGAUUUGGACGAUAUGGACAUCUUCUGGCUUCAGGAAGUAAAUGAGGAGCUUGCCGAAAUGGGUUGUGGGCAGCUUGAUGAGAACACAAUGGAGAAAAUGGUGGAAGUCCUGGAACGUCACUGUCACGAGAACAUGAACCAUGCCAUUGAGACAGAGGAGGGGCUGGGUAUUGAAUAUGAUGAAGAUGUCAUCUGUGAUGUGUGCCGGUCCCCUGACAGUGAAGAUGGGAAUGAUAUGGUGUUUUGUGACAAAUGCAACAUCUGUGUGCAUCAGGCAUGCUAUGGCAUCCUAAAGGUUCCUGAAGGAAGCUGGCUGUGUCGUACUUGUGUUCUAGGUAUACACCCUCAGUGUCUCUUGUGUCCAAAGAGAGGUGGGGCCAUGAAAGCUACAAGGACAGGCACCAAGUGGGCGCAUGUGAGCUGUGCUCUUUGGAUUCCAGAGGUAAGCAUUGCUUGUCCAGAAAGAAUGGAACCAAUUACCAAAGUGUCCCAUAUUCCACCAAGUAGAUGGGCUUUAGUUUGCAGCUUAUGCAAAUUGAAAACUGGUGCUUGUAUCCAGUGCUCUGUGAAGAGCUGCAUUACUGCCUUUCAUGUCACGUGUGCCUUUGAGCAUAGCCUGGAGAUGAAAACAAUCCUGGACGAUGGCGAUGAAGUCAAGUUCAAGUCGUACUGUCUAAAGCAUAGCAAAACCAAGCAGAGCUUGAUGCCCGACGCGGACGUUAAUCCCAAGAGCACAGCAGACCAGAAGCAGACCGAGAGCGAGAAAACCAGUUUGCGUGCUCAGAAACUUCGGGAGCUGGAGGAGGAGUUCUACUCCCUAGUGAGGAUUGAUGACGUCGCAGCAGAACUCGGCCUCCCUAAACUCACUGUGGACUUGAUCUAUAAUUACUGGAAACUGAAACGGAAAAGUAACUUUAAUAAACCAUUAUUUCCUCCCAGGGAGGAUGAAGAAAACGGCUUGGUUCAGCCAAAAGAAGAUAGCAUUCAUACUCGAAUGAGGAUGUUCAUGCAUUUGAGGCAGGAUCUGGAGAGGGUAAGAAAUCUUUGCUACAUGGUAAGCAGAAGAGAGAAGCUAAAACUUUCUCACAGCAAAGCGCAUGAGCAGGUUUUCAAUUUGCAAGUCCAGCUUAUCAAUCAGGAAAUUGCUGCAGGCCAUUCUCUGACAAGUGCACUGGAAAACACUCUGUUUUAUCCACCUCCUAGAAUCACCUUGAAACUUAAGAUGCCAAAAUCAACAUUAGGUGAUUUCAAAAAUAAAUUGAAAUCUGGUAAACCACUUUCUCCUGACAACAACGUCGUGGUUUACAGCAAAAAGGGUAUCCCAGUAUCCAAAGAGACUUUUGUUUCAAAUAUGAAAGCCUACUCGAGGUUUCAGCAUGAAAACAGGAGCAAUGGCUUACUGGGAGGGAUGGUGAAGUCUAGGAAUGAAGCAGCAAAGAAUUCUGGACCUGCACAUACAUCAGACUUUCAUCGCGGACAGUCGUCUGGCAAACCCUUAGCACUUCAAGCUGCAUUGCAUGGGCAGUCCUCCAUUGGAAACGGGAAAAUUCAGCAGCACUCUAAUCUAGCAAAGUCUAAUGGCUUAAUGGGCAGAGUUGGGGAUGUCACUCAGCGAGACAGCUCUAGCCAAACGACAUACGAGCAGCAGUCUGUGCUCUCUGCCCACUUGGCUAGCCAGAGCAGCUUCAGGAAAUCAACAAUAGAACACUUUAGCAGGUCCUUCAAAGAAGCGACCAACAGUUUGGUGAGGACCACGGAAGAUCUCAGAUGCUGUGAAAAGCCCUCAAGAAGGCUGUCGAUGAGAGAGCGUUCCUGGGGCAAGCAAACUCUUGAAUAUCAGAUGGGGAGUGCCCCCUACCAGGACAAUGAUGGGUAUUGUCCCGAUUUGGAACUCAGUGACUCUGAAGCUGAAAGCGAUGAGAAUAAAGGACAGAUAAGACUGAGAAAAAGCAGCUCAGAGAGAGAGGUCCCAAGUAAAGACUUUAAUAGAGAUUGUCAUAGUAGAAGUAAAAGAAAUUUGAUUUCUCACAGUUCAGUACAAAGGUGAUUAGAAACCCCGGAUAAUGGGAAUAGCUCAGCCUUCGUAUGUCCAAGAUUAUUGAUGCAAACCUUAGGAAAUCUGCAGGUUACAGUGUAGGAUCUAUGAGCAAAUGACGAACUUGCUUUUUUUAAGUGGUGAAUCGGUUUACCCUUUUUUGAAAAGAUUGUUAAUUGGGGUUUUUUCCUAUAAGUGCUAAAUAAGUAAAGGUUACUUUAAAUAUCACUUGCAGAAAUAGUUUUAUAUAUCCACUUCCCCGGUCUACGGAAAUGUAUUGUGUUCGGCUUUGUACCAGUGGGCAGGUAUUCCAAAAAGCCCAUCCAUCUGUGACAAUCUGCAAGAAGAUGGAACAGGCGAUUCUUGCUGCAACUUCAGUAUAAUAUCUCUUCAUGAGAACACUUAAGCAAUCUCUUACCCCCCCUUUUUUUUGAAGGAAUUUAAAAGGCAAAACUGUAUUUUGAAAUAAUGGUGCUUGCUUAAUUGUUUUUGUUUGUUUGUUUUGGUCUGGAUUGGGACAUAUGACUACUAGACAGAAAUCAUGUUCUCAGCCAAUUUCAGAACAGGUGGUAUGAUUCUGAAGGCUCGGAAACAAGGUUCAUUCUAACUCCGUGGGACUUGGUUCCAAGUAAACAUGCAUAGGAUCCAGAUACAAGGGUUUCUCAUAGCCUGCUGAGUAAGGUUUACAGACUCCACAGUCAAUGCUGCCAAACACACUGAUCUCUAGAUUCCCCCCUUUCUCCUCAUAGUUGCUAAAAGUUGUGUUUUCCUUUGCUAUUGCAGCUUGCUUUUAUUGUGUAAAUACUCUUUUAACUUCUAGUAUUUUUUAUUUUAUUUUUUAAUCCUCGUGUACAUAGUAGUUUGUUGUGGGUUGCACUUGCAAAAUAUUUUACCCAGCCGGCCGAUACAAAUGGCUGAUAUGUGGAUAGUGUUUAAUACUAGAAGUAUGUAAUCUCUAAACCUAUUCAGGCAAUCACCGGUGAUGCCAGAUUCUCCUUUGUCAACUCAGAAGGCUUUUUAAAACCUUGAUCCCACAACAUUACAUCUAUUCCUCCCAUCCCAACACAAACACACAUCCCCUCCCCCAGCUAUCAAAUACUUUGUCCGAUUUCUGAGCCAAAAUUGGUGAAUACAUUGUUUUGGUUUCCAAGUUUAAAUAUAGUCAGACACAGUAAAUGAAAAUAUUUUUGAUUGCCAAAAAAGCUUGGGAAUUGCUUAGGCCACUUUAUUGUCUAAUUAGAUUUACUUUUUUUUUUACAAAAACUCUUCGUAAUAUGUGGCAAUGGUGUCAAAGAAAUUACUCUAUAUUACGGCGUACCAUUGAUCUUUAAUUGGGAAAAAAUGGGCUUCAGCAUCCAAUAAUUUGACUAAUGAUAUUGUUACAGUUUGCUUUAAUUAAUAAAAUUCCAUAAUGUGAAGUAAAAGUAACUGGGGUAAAUUUAAAUCUAAUAAUAAACAGUGCAGCGAAAACAAAUAAAGAGCCACAUUUUCUUGAAAGCCUUAAUCUACUUUUAGUUGUGAAGAAGGGAUUCACAAUGAGAUAUUCCUGAAGGAAAUAAAAGAAAUUUGACAGUU